AUGGCGGCAACAAAGGUGAAAGCGAAACCAUCAGAAGAAGAAGUAGUAGUAUUCCCUGAAGAGAAUUCGGACGUGCCUCCGUAUGGAACCUUGGAAUGGUUGCAUUAUUGGAGUUCAGUUGAAGGGCAUCUCCCUACGCCCAUAGACGUCUCCAUCACGGGUUCCACGAAUUAUAACUGCCCAGAUCUCCGAUGGAUCAACUUUAAUGUGUAUCCGAAUAAAGUGAAGUUGACUAACACUGGAUAUACCUUGGUGUUAUCCUCAAAAUGGAAAGCCGAGCGUCCGUACAUAGAAGGUGGUCCAUUUUUGGAGAAGCAUAUCCUAUCUCAGAUCCACUUCCACUGGGGAGACGAUAUGAUGAAGGGCAGCGAUCACAUGGUCGACAAAAGGAGGUAUCCUGCUGAAAUGCAGGUGUCUUUCUUCCGUGCGGAAUACAUGACACAGGAGGAAGCUUUAAAGCAUCCAGAUGGAGUUACCAUGAUUUGCUAUAUGAUAAAGUAUGGCGUAAAUCCUGAUGACAGACUUAACUGGAUUAUCGAAGGGUUCCCAAGGGUCCGUGAAGCGAAGUCACAUACGAAGAUAGGUCCCUGCCCCAUGUCCAAGCUGCUGCCCAUAUUUUACGAAGACUACUUCCUGUAUUGGGGUGAACUGCCAACAGCCAGGGGUGACAGUUUUACGAUCAAGUGGUUGAUUCCAAGGCCGACUUUAUUUGCUUCUUUAGAGCAGCUCGAUGAGUUCCGAAAAUUAUGGGACCCUUGGGACGAGCCGAAUCAGGGAAACUUCAGGCCACUUCAAGACCGACACAACAGACAUGUCUUCUUCAUCAAUCCUCAUUGGGCCAAAUAUAACUCCUUGCUGCCUAUACCAAGAGUAGACGAGCCUGGUGUCACUACUUUAUCUCAGGCAUAUCAGAAGUAUCCUUGGAUGUUACCUCCACAGAAUCAUGAUGAGAUGGCAAGACUAAUGAUGAGGCAUGUGCAGUCUCCCAUCUCGAUUUCAAAAGUGAUGUGUCCGCAAUUCUCGUUGCAGCCACUUAAUUUCAAGAGAUAUUGGGACAACGAGCAUGGGGCAACACUUUUUAAUACUGGGAGAACAGCUAAAUUCAUGUUUGAAUCUGAAAAGAACCGGCCUAUUCUUAGUGGCGGGCCCCUCAAUGGUGAAUAUAUAUUCGAGCAGAUGCACUUCUCUUGGUCCUUCGACAACGCCACCGGCUGUGAACAUGUGGUUGAUGAUCAUGGAUAUGCAGCAGAAAGUCAACUAAUCCAUUAUAACAGUAAAUACGGAAAUUUUGAAGAAGCGCUUGGGUAUACUGAUGGUUUAGCAAUAGUGGGAUUCUUUCUACAAGCUACUGAAGAUACAAAUCCGCAGUUUGAGAAACUUGCUGAAGGACUGGACAGGAUCAAGAGAGCUGAACAGACGACAAGAGUAACCGCAGAAGCCCUGUCCUGGAUGGAUAGAGAGGAUCUGCAAAAAGGCCCUUACUUCACGUAUAAGGGCUCGCUCACAAUAACGCCCUACGUUGAAUGUGUCGACUGGAUUCUGUUCGAGAAACCUGUGGCCAUUGGCUUUGAUCAGAUAGCAUGUCUAAGACGGCUGCAGAACUUCGACUGCCAACCGAUAGAGCACAACGUGAGGGCCAUCCAUGUACAUCCUGGCUACUCUGCCAUCUUUGUGAAGCAAGUCAAGUGUACCCAUUGA